AUGAGCCAAACUCACACAGACUCAAGCUCCGCUCAAUCCGCGUCUCCCUCCCCAGCAACAACAAUGACCUCAACACAGGCCGACAAUGCAGCCGACAACUCGCUAGACGACAUUUUCGGCUCCUCCCCACCACGCGGCGAAAGGGAGCUACACGCGCCACACCGCGCAGCAGAAGAAACCACUACCUCAGGCCAGGCCUCAAGAUCUACACACGAGCCAUCCGACCUGCCCUCUCUACGCCGCCAACACGUCACAGCCGGCUACCGCGAUGGCGUCUCAAUGGCAAAGGGCCAACAUGUCCAAGACGGCUUCGAUGCGGGGUUCCCGGUCGGCGCGCAGAUGGGUAUGAGGGCUGGGACCAUUCUUGGAAUUCUGGAAGGAUUACUACGUGGUUUUGAGGAGCGCAGUGGGCCGGGUGUGGUCAAGAAGCCGGUGGUGCGGGGUGGUGCUGCUCUAUCUACGCGGGAGGAGAAGGGAAAAACGAAUGUGGAUGAGGGGGCGGACCUGCGCCGACAGAAGAGGGAGCAGGUUCGCGCGCUUUACCAGGCUGCGUUGAAGGAGUUGGAUGUGCAGGCUGUUUUCGCUGGUGGGGGUGAAGGGGGUGCUGCUGUGCCUGCGGAGGUGGUUCCCGAGAGUAGGAGUAAGGAAGGGGAGUCUGCUGAGGCACAGCUGGCGAGGAAGGGGGAUGUGGUUAUUUCCAAGUGGGAGGAGAGGGUUGCUGUUCCGCGGUGGGAAGAGAAUAUGGAAGCCUUGGAGAUGAGGGAGAAGGAGAAAGAGCAGGAGAACAGGGGCCAGAGCGCGGGCUCGGAGUCGGCCUCCGGUGCAGGUGCCAGUGCCGCGCUGGCUGUGGAGCAGAGUUGA